AUGGAACAGCUCCGGCAUAUUGGUGAGGUUCUUGGGAGUUUGAAAGCUCUGAUGGUUUUACGCGAUGAAAUUCAGAUCAAUCAACGACAAUGUUGUUUGAUUCACGACAUAUUUACUCUAGCGUUUGACACGAUCGCGGACGAGAUAAGGCAGAAUCUUAAGCUUGAAGAAAGGUCUACCAAAUGGAAACCUCUUGAGAUUCCUCUUAGAGAACUUUGCAGGGUUUACAAAGAAGGUGAGAUAUAUAUUAAGUAUUGUUUGGAGUCAAAAGAUUGGUGGGGGAAAGCACUCACACUUUCUCAGAACAGUGAUUGCGUCGAGUUUCAUAUUCAUAAUUUGCUUUGUUAUUUUCCUGCGGUGAUCGAAGCGAUUGAGAAUGCUGGCGAGAUGUCGGGUUUGGAUCAGGAUGAGAAUUCGAAGAAGAAAGUUAUGCUUGCUAGGAAAUAUGAUGUGGAUUGGAAUGAUCCAAAGCUUUUUCAGUGGAGAUUUGGGAAACAGUAUUUGGUUCCGAAAGAGAUUUGCAAGCAAUUGGAGAGUGCUUGGAGAGAAGAUAGAUGGAGGCUCAUAGAAUCAAUCAAGGACAAAAAAUGUUCUGCCAAAUUCAAUUGUUCAAAGAAUGAACAAAAUCUUGCAGAUAUGUUGUUGAAGAAACUAAUGAAUGGUUCCGAAAAAACAAAUAAUUGCAACAAUAAUAAUAAUCAUAAUAAUCAAUUAUGGCCAAUUGGGAUUUUGUUAGGAGCCAAGGAUUACCAAGUGAGGAGAAGAUUGGGAAGAGGAAAAGAAUAUAAGGAAAUUCAAUGGUUAGGACAGACUUUUGCUCUGAGGUAUUUUCUAGGCGAGAAAGAAGCUUACAAAAACGAGAUUUCGAAUUUGAUAUCGCUUUCUCACCCAAACAUAUUGCAGUAUCUAUGUGGUUUUUAUGAUGAAGAGAAGAAAGAGUUUUCUCUUGUGAUGGAGUUAAUGAACAAAGAUUUGUGGACAUACAUGAAGGAGAAUUGUGGUCCUAGGAGACAGAUUUUGUUCUCUAUACCUGUUGUGGUUGAUCUCAUGCUUCAAAUGGCAAGAGGCAUAGAAUAUCUUCACUCCAAAAAGAUUUAUCAUGGAAACCUUAAUCCUAAUAGUAUCCUACUAAGAGCUAGAAACUCACAAGAAGGUUAUUUUCAAGCCAAAGUUGUAGGAUUUGGUUUGUCUUCUGUGAUUAAUGGUGAAAACAAUGCUACUAGAACUUCGCCGACGCAUAAUCCAAUUAGUGAAGAGAUUAACCCUUUAAUUUGGUAUGCACCUGAGGUUUUAACUGAGCUAGAACAAACGAAAAAUGCUUCUACUUCUUGUAAGUACUCGGAGAAAGCUGAUGCGUACAGUUUCGGUAUGAUAUGUUUUGAGUUGUUGACGGGAAAAGUUCCUUUUGAGGAUAACCAUCUUCAAGGAGAUAGAACUAAUCAAAAUAUCAAAGCAGGAGAGAGACCUUUGUUUCCACACCGUUCGCCGAAAUAUCUUGUGAGUUUGAUCAAAAAAUGUUGGCAAACUGAUCCGUCUCAGCGUCCUAGUUUCUCGUCUAUUUGUAGGAUUCUGCGCUACACGAAGAAGUUUCUUUCUAUGAACACCGAGUAUGUUAUCAUCAAUCCUGAACUAAACCAGCUCGAACUUCAGAACCCACCUGUGGAUUGUUGUGACAUUGAAGGAACUUUCCUCAAGACUUUUCCAAUAGAGAGGACAGAUGAUAUGUGUUGUGUUGCACAAAUACCAUAUGAAAUGUUUGCUUAUAAAGUUGUUGAGAAAGGGAAGAUCAAUAAUCAGAGUCUGAAUAACAGCACUAUCAUCAAAGAUAAGAGUUGUGAGUGUGAGCCAACAAAAGAUGAAGUAAAUGAUGAUCAAAGCAAAGUUGAUGGAGAUAUUAGUGCAUCCAUAAUGGAAGAUCAAGUAACCAACCCAAAAUCAGUAUCUGGUGAAACACGGUCGAUAUUUUCCGAUAACCCCUCAUUAAAGAAGAGUGUUACAAUAAAGAUACCAUCACAAAUGAAAGCAAAGAAAGACCAAGGAAAUUCAAAACUACAAUCAUCAAGAUCAUUACCGCCAUUAUUAUCUGGUCGAACUUCAAGGACAAAUAAGGUGAAUCAAUCAUCAUUUGCAUCAAGUCCUCUAAGCCCAGGUAAAAAGAAACCUACCAUUUUCUCAUCAGAAUCUGAGCGCAAUUCGAAUAUCAUCAAAGGGAACCAAUCACCAUCAGUGUCAACUACAAGCUCAGUUAGAAGAAAAAGAAAUGAAGGAGGCAAUGUCUCAGAUUCCAAGUCUUCUAGUUUAAAGCUGAAAACAAGAGACCAAUUAACAUCUAACAGUUUAAAGACAAAAAAAGCACCACUUCCUUUGAAUCCUUCUUUGAGUCCAACAAGAAUGAGAAGAAUUAAUAGUACUAAUAACAUCAGUGUAAGGAUGCAAAAAGGGUUCAUGUCAACACCUCCAAUGAGUCCUUCAAUGACUCCUUUAAGGACAUGUACAAGCAAAAAAUGUGGUCAUGUUUCAGAUAUGGACAACGGUUUGAAGAUACGAGGUAGAUCGUCACCAUUCGGAUCGAGUCCUUUGAGUCCAUACGUGAUAAGAAAAACAACAUGUAGCAAUUUCUCUGAUUCAGAGAGCAGUUUUAAUAUGAAAAGAGUAAGUUUAUCACCAUUUACAAUAACCCCUUUGAGCCCGUACGUAAGAACAGCAUGCGGUCAUGUCUCGGAUUAA